AUGGCAUCAACGCGAUCAACACGAAGUGUCAAGAAGUCUGAUAUCUCGGCACCCGUGCAUGUGUCGAUGGGAGUGCCGGCGUUGCCGCCGAAGCCUUCGGGUGGUUUCUUGAACGUUGAGAUCCCAAGCAUCAAGAUGGAACGUUACAGUGUCAUGUUUGGUAACGUUUUGGGGCAACCACAAGGAUCGCAUGAUUCGACGGCAGAGCAGCAUGCAUCACAAAUGGCAUCCUCGCUUCUGGCGAGGCGGCAAGCCACGCUGGACAGACUGAAGACAAUCAACGACAAGGUCAUCAAGGAAGAGGAGGACAGAGAUCGGACCAGGGGCCGCAGAGUGACAUCACCACAGCCGCUCAAGUCACCGGCCUUCUCGCUUUCACUGUUUCCAGCAACUCCCUCAGAGUCGGCGAACAACCCUCCCCAAUCUCCCCGAUACCGCUCGAACACGUCGCCCGCCUUGCUCUCAUCCCCACAAAGGGCAAGCUUCGCACCCGCAGAAACGCACCGAGAAGCCGCGAGGAGGAAGACCCCGUCACCCGAGACGAGAAGUCGCCAACCCCAUCAACCGCCGGAGCCCGCUGCGCGAGAAAUCGUCUUCGACCCCGAACAUUCGGGCCUCACACUCGAGUCGCCCACCACUGAUGACGAAUUCGAGGAAAUCCACCUAACAGAGCAGCUGAAGCCGACCAUCUACGAGCCUGCGUGGCAGAUGGUCACGCCAUCCAACUCGACCGCUCCCUCGAGCGCUGCGCCCAGCGCAAAGGAUCAUUCCCCCGCGUCGGUGUCGUCCGUCCAGACACACAUGACAAAGCCAUCUUUUGACGGGUCGGAGCCCGACGACGCGCUCCGUGCCGCCCAUCUCGCGGCAGCAACGCCAGAUGCUCCGCCCCUGAAGCCCAAGGCCGUCCGCGUCGGCGGCGGCGCGGCCAGCUCUGCCCUCGGGAGCCCUGCGUCGACCAUCACAGUUGGCAGGAACGAGCGUUUGUCGUCGACAAAGAGCUCCACUCCGACGCUCAUCGUCUCCGGGGAGACGUUUGAGCAGCAGAUUGCGCAGAACCGCAAGAGCGAACGCAUCAUCGUCGAGGGCGAGUAG